UCAGCAGGCCACGGCAUGCCAACCCGCCCCCGCCCGUGCAGCCGUGCUAGGCCCAAAGCUAAACCGCGUCCACCCCACGCGGCUGAGGCAACGCACCACCUGCCGCCGCGCCAUUUAUCACCCGGCCGCCUCGCCUCGCCUCCCACCUUUUCCACCACCCCGCUGCCGUUACCAGUCUCCACGAGACCGCAGCCAAUUAGAGCCGUUGCUCCAGGAACGCAGCUCGCCCGCCCGUCCUACGUCGUGGGCGCCAUGGCCGGCUCGCGGCGCGACGCGGACCGGAAGGAGAAGGCCCCGCCGGCGGCGCCGCCGCAGCAGCAGCCGGGGCGCGAGGAGGAGAGGGAGUGGGUGCCGUGGAUCGUGCCGGUCUUCGUGGCCGCCAACGUCGCCCUGUUCGCCGUGGCUAUGUACGCCAACAACUGCCCCGCGCACGCGCGCGGCCGCAGGAAGUGCGUCGGCGCGGGGUUCCUCCGCCGCUUCGCCUUCCAGCCGCUCAGCCAGAACCCGCUCCUCGGGCCCUCCUCCGCCACAUUGCAGAAGCUGGGCGCGCUCGUGUGGGACAAGGUGGUGCACGAGCACCAGGGGUGGAGACUCGUGACCUGCAUCUGGCUCCACGCCGGCGUCGUCCACCUGCUUGCCAACAUGCUCAGCCUCGUGCUCGUCGGGCUCAGGCUCGAGCAGCAGUUCGGAUUCGUGAGAGUCGGCGUCAUCUACCUCGUCUCCGGCGUCGGGGGCAGCGUGAUGUCGUCCCUGUUCAUCAGAGACAACAUCUCCGUGGGCGCCUCCGGUGCGCUCUUCGGGCUCCUCGGAGCCAUGCUCUCAGAGCUCUUCACCAACUGGACCAUCUACACCAACAAGGCGGCGGCGCUGGUGACGCUGCUGUUCGUGAUCGCGGUCAACCUGGCGAUCGGCAUCCUGCCGCACGUGGACAACUUCGCGCACAUCGGGGGGUUCCUCACGGGGUUCCUGCUCGGGUUCGUGCUGCUCAUGCGCCCGCACUACGGCUGGGCGCAGCGCUACGUGCUGCCGUCCUCCGUCAAGGACGUCGGCCGGAAGUUCCUGGCCUACCAGUGGGCUCUGCUCGCCGUGGCCUCGGUCCUGGUCGUCGUCGGGCUGGCGGUUGGGAUGGCGAUGCUCUUCCGAGGGGUGAACGGCAACGAGCACUGCCAGUGGUGCCACUACCUCAGCUGCGUGCCUACCGCCAGAUGGAGCUGCGGGAAAUGAAAUGGGAGCAAGCAACUUCAUGGACCUCCAUAUUACUUUGUUCUUUUCCGCACAGGCAUUUUGAUGCGCAGAUGCUGUAUAUACGAGUACUGCUAUAUGACGGAUUACACCCCGGGGUUUACUCGAUGAUUGUUUCGUUCGGUUGUUUGAUUUGAAAAAGGGAGAAUAUCUUGAAUCUUCCACCUGCAUGUGCCUAACAGCGCGGCUGCCUUUUAAAUUUGUGUGCCAAACAGAUCCAUCUUUAUAUAAUUUUACCCAAUGAUUAAUUAUCAUGGUACAGCUUUGAGAUUCCACAAAGCCAAGACAACAACUGGUCGGUGCAGAUUAUAGAAAUGGCUUCAGGUAGGAAAUGAUUUAUUAUUUUUUCCGCACCGAAAGCAAGUGUUAAUGAAUGAUUUCACAACCAA